AUGUCCAAUAUCCGAUGCACCUUUGCGUUAAUUCCCAAUCGCCGGUCCUACCUCCUACAGGCAAGCAUGCCCCUCCAAAAUUGGCUUCUCUUGCGGCAGAUAUACAAGACGCGUAUGUGCACAAGCUUCCGCGUGUCUUUAUACCUUGCUGAUGUUGCCAUGACUCUUGAUGCUUUGGGCGAGCUGCAGGAAGUGCGAUUAACUCUCCACACUUUACAUGGGGAAGCUAUUGUUUCUAGUCGAGAUGCAGCCCGCCUCUCCAUUCAAACACCCGUUCCCGAUACACUAUUGGAAAAGACGUCCCCAGCAAAGAUCUACCAGCCGCAUGAUGAAGUGGUCAAGAACCGCAAGGGGCGAAAAAAGAUGCUUGCUGACGAUUGCGAAUGCUGUUGCGAGUCCGUCCGCUUGCGUGACAAAGUGCCUCGCGGUGCCUAUGUAGAAUGCAGCACCCCUUGCCCUCAUGCAUUCACCGGCAAGCACAUCAUUCUUUACCCUGUGUCUGUUGGAUGCGCUCAUAUGAAUGUGACCGAGAAUGGCAAAGAAGGAGUGGACUUUACUACAGGCUGUCUAGAGGAGCCAUUUGAUAUCAUACCUGUUGACUUUGGAGGUGAAGUCACUGCUGGCUAUCCUGAUUUCCCAGAGGGAAGUGCUGCUGCUUGCAAAGAAGUGUCCGGGCCAUUGGACUUGAAUGCGCCUGACAUCAUCUACGCUGCCGAAGAUGUCAAGGCGAUCAAUCAAUUCCACCGCGACAUCAUGCAAACAAUACAACACUCGCUUGGAACUUGUGCCAUGAAAUCGGAGGCAGGUCAAGGAGUCAUCGGCGCUCGACCAAAUGUAUACAGCACGUUAAACAUGAACAUCGCAGAUACGUCCAUCUCAACGUUGAACGUUGGCACGAAAAUGUAUUCGAUGGCGCUUCUCAUUGGAGGGCGGGCUGCGAUCGUCAUUGCUGAAGACUUGGGUAUCAAUUGCGUUUGA